AGGUUUAAUUUAAACCUUGACAAGCAGAGGCCUUAGUGCUCUGCCCGAAACAAUACCCCGGCACGGCUGCCGUUUAAGCUGUCGGACGGAAAGAUUAAAACAUAAACCCUUACCCCCACACUGCGAACCCCAAAGGAGCGGCGUGGCCGUGGCAGGCUUCUUGAUGGCACUUCGCCGACGCUGCACAUCCCUUCAGCUUCGUCGCUAUAUAUCGUCCUCCUUCUCCGUCUCCUCCUCCUCCUCCUCGUCUUCUCCUACCACAGCCUCCUUUAGAAAAGUUCCUCUCCUCUGGAAGCCGCAGGACCAAGAGGAAGGAGCAGUGACCCUGCAACUCCUCUCCUGGGGCAGAGGCUCCUCCGGCCAACUCGGCGGCGGCAUUGAAGAAAUACGACUGUACCCUACCCCCGUCGCCUCCCUCCUCCUCCCUCCCUCUUUCCACCUUUCUCAACCUAUCCCCGGCCGCCUCCCACUCCUCGCCGGCGACGAUCACUUUGAGAUCUCCAUCUCCUGCGGCCUAUUCCACUCUUCCUUGCUUGUCGACGGCAGCUUCUGGAUUUGGGGCAAAGGCGAUGGCGGUCGCCUCGGCUUUGGUCAUGAGAACCCUGCUUUCCUUCCAACCUUAAAUCCUAAUUUGGAUUCCGUUCGAAGCAUUGCUCUUGGUGGCGUUCAUUCCGUCGCUCUCACCUCACUCGGCCAAGUCUUCACCUGGGGUUAUGGUGGUUUUGGCGCUCUUGGUCAUUCUGUUUAUCAUAGGGAACUGUUCCCUAGAUUGGUGGAAGGUGGCUGGACUGGAAAGAUAUGUCAUAUAGCAACUAGCGGGGCCCAUACUGCUGCAAUCACCGAGUCAGGUGAAGUUUACACAUGGGGUAGAGAUGAAGGGGAUGGGAGAUUGGGCCUUGGUCCUGGUUGUGGCCCAAAUGAGGGAGGUGGCUUCAGUGUUCCUUCAAAAGUAGAAGCGUUGCCUGUGCCUAUGGCUGCUGUUAGUUGUGGGGGCUUUUUCACAUUGGCUCUAACUAAUGAAGGACAACUUUGGAAUUGGGGAGCUAACUCUAACUAUGAACUUGGGAGAGGCAACAGGAUUGGGGGUUGGCAGCCACAACCAGUUCCGAGCCUUGAAAAUGUUCGUAUACUUCAGAUUGCAAGUGGUGGAUAUCAUUCUCUUGCACUGACUGAUGGAGGCAAAGUACUUUCCUGGGGCCAUGGUGGACAUGGUCAGUUGGGUCAUUCCACUACUCACAAUCAUAAAGUCCCCAUGGCGAUUGAGGCUUUGGCUAAUGAGAAUGUUACCUAUAUUGCCUGUGGAGGUUCAUCUUCGGCAGCUAUAACUGAUAAAGGGAAAUUGUACAUGUGGGGGAAUGCCAAAGAUUCUCAAUUAGGGGUUCCUGGUCUUCCAGAGAUACAGCCAUUUCCUGUUGAAGUUAAUUUGCUUAUGGAGGAAGAUGAAUUGGGGCCCCACAAUAUAUUAUCUGUUGCAAUUGGUGCAUCACAUGCCAUGUGCUUGGUUUCAAGGCAAACUUGCUGAAGACUUGGUGUUUUGGUUUAGGCUUGUGGUUCCAAGCUAUCUCAUAAGAUUGAGGGCUCUCAGCACCAUGCUGAGUGCUUGAACAGAUGCCACCAUUGAUCUGUAGGUUGCUGAGUCGGAGCUUAACCAGAAUGGAUUUGCUGCUGCAACUACAUUCAGGCAAGAACUCUGGAUUCUUGUUUGAUAGUUUUCUGCCCUUGCCCGUUGGAUUAUCCUUUUUGAUGGGUAAGCUGUACCAAAGAGAGAAGGGGCGAUUGAAAUAACUCUCCAAGAAUCUUUUAUUUCCUAUUGGUUGCAUCGUGAGGUGCCAUAAUCUAUCUUCAUUGCCCUUGGGCUAAUCUAUGCCUUACAAACUCAAAUACAUGUUUCCAGUUUGAGUUGCUACCGCCAAUAUUAUAGUAACGAGGUUGCGAUAGGCCAUCAAAUUAUUUUGUCCUAAGCAAGAUGUUGUAAAUUGUUUCUUAAGAGCAAGGUCUUCUCAAGUGAUGCCAUCCGAUUACAGUCUUAAUUUUGUAGCUGUUGCGUUAGUCACUUUCUGUGGUAUUAUUUCUUCCUACAAAACUAUAUUUAUAAUGUGUUGGUAAUGGUUAUCUCAUUUUUUUUUUCUUGCUGCAAA